AUGUCUAACUUAGGAACAACCCCAGUCCAAUCCAUGAUUCAGACAACCAAUACUGUCAAAAGAUGGACUCCACCUGACACUAACUGUUAUAAAAUCAAUUUUGAUGCUUCAUGGGUUGAUGAAAAUAAUCUUGCAGGGUAUGGAAUCAUCCUUCUUUCUGAAACAGGCUCAGCCAUCCAAGCUGGAUCAGGGACUUUCUAUGCCUUCAGCCCUGAAGAGGCAGAAGCUCUGACUCUUCUAGAAGCAUCGAGAUGGGCAACAAACAUGCACUUUCAUCUUUAUCAUGAUAAAUCACCAGAGCAAAUUAUUUUCGCGAUAAGUUCUCAAAGUUUGAGCACAAAGCACAAGAUUGUACCAGAUGUAAAAGUGCAUGAUCAAAGGAAAUCUUCAUGGUUUAAGUAUGGAUUCGGUUAUGACAUCAAGACUCAGGAUUAUAAGUUAGUGAGAUUUAGAUGCUUUGAAGAUAAACGCCGUGGUACUCAAAUUAAGGUCUACUCGUUAGCAUCAAAUUCAUGGAGUACUGCUCUUUACAUGCCGUAUACACUUUCUCUUGAACCACGGCCGACAGCAUUGUACUUGAAUGGUGCUCUUUAUUGGCUAACGGAUGACUCAAAACUUAUCGUCUCUUUUGAUCUUGGAGACGAGAUAAUUCGUGAAGUUCCAGGACCAGUAAGGGAUAAUUUUUUCGAUAACAACAGCUAUCAGUACAAGUAUGUGGAUGUGUUGGGAGGGUGUCUUUGCGUCGUAUGUGUUACUCAUGGGGUUCGUGGCGAUGUACGGGUGAUGAAGGAUUAUGGAGUCAGAGAAUCUUGGACUACAGAGUUUACAGUUUCUCAGCGAGCACUAAAGUGA